UGUACAUACUGUAUAUACGUGUAUAGACAGUCUAUAUACUGUAUAUGUGUAACUGUUUCAGUAAUAGAAACCCUCAGCCAAAGCGACACAGAGAGCAGCACAGCAGCACUGUCCUGUCAAUAUAGUUUCUGGUGUGCUACGUGUCAAAGUAACUAUAGCCUAGGAACACUUGACUCAACUCCAAAGGCACCAGACUCAUACUAAUACAGCACGCAAACUGUGCCCUCGCUCGCGUUUACUGGCGCUGUAACCACGGCAACUAUGCAGCGCUCUGUUACUGUACCGAACAGCUGGACGGACAUCAGUUUCUUGCCACCAACAGCAGCCGUUCGGGCGGAAAAUUAGAGCGGAUCAGCGGGCAGAUCCGCGAGCGCAGCGCCGCCGGUGCAGCUCCGCUUCCGCGGCUUCCGUCACGCGCCAACUUAGCGGUCAGGAGGCGCGAGGGGCGAGCGUGUCUCCGUGCGCGCGCCUGGCAGCGUCUCAGGGCUCCUCCUCUCCGUCGCUCGCGGAGCGAGUGGAGCCCCGUCACGCGACGCGCGGGAGCCCGACCGCCGCGCGCGCCUCCGCCGCGCGCUCAGGUGAGGACGUGUUAGCGACCAUCGCGAGCUGAGCUCCCCUCAUCUGGCCGCAUCGCGCUGCCCGGUGCACACUGGGACAAAGACACAUUUCAAGAGUUUAAUAUGGAGAAACUACAUGGUUCUCCGUGAUCUGGAAGAUAUCACUGUAUCUGCAGUUUUGUCGAACAAAGGAAAAAAACAUCAUGUGUUGCACUGAAUGAACACCAAGAACUAACUCUGAACAUUUGAACAAAUAAUCUACAUUUAAAAGGCCACAAUGAGUUUACAUUUCUUCAAAGGAGAUUCUGGACCGAAGAAUUGGCUCCAGCGUCUGACCUGCCAAAAGCAUAAUCGUCAGCACGUCCGGAAAAAACUGCAGCCAGCACGAGUCCUUGGCUUUUUACUUAGUCUCCUGGUUGGAUCCUGGGCUCUCUCUUUCAGUGCCUUGACAUGGACCACAGGACACACCAACGGGCCAUUGUCCUCUGCAGAAAUAGCACCAUCAGGGCCUUUGACACACCGAACUCUGCUUUCUACCAAACAUCGCGAUGACCUGAACAUCUCCAUUGAUCUUCCCUUUGCUCCUAAGUCAUCUGACACCAGCAACGAGAGCCAUGGUGAAUAUCCCCGGGAUCUCUUCAGCCUGGAGGAGAGGAGAAAAGGUGCCGUCAUUCUGCACAUGUUUGGUAUGCUGUAUAUGUUCAUCGCCCUAGCCAUAGUUUGUGAUGAGUUUUUCGUCCCUGCCCUUACGGUCAUUACUGAGAAGUUUGGCAUCUCUGAUGAUGUGGCUGGUGCUACCUUCAUGGCCGCUGGAGGCUCUGCCCCGGAACUCUUCACCUCCGUGAUCGGGGUUUUCAUCUCCCACAGCAACGUGGGUAUUGGCACCAUUGUCGGCUCAGCUGUGUUCAACAUCCUGUUUGUCAUCGGCAUGUGUGCUCUCUUCUCCAAGGAGAUCCUAAACCUCACCUGGUGGCCACUUUUUCGGGACGUGUCCUUCUAUAUUGUUGGCCUGAUCAUGCUGAUCAUUUUCUUCUUGGAUAAUCUGAUCUCCUACUGGGAAAGUAUUGCACUUCUUUUAUGCUAUGUUGCCUAUGUGACAUUCAUGAAAUACAAUUCCAAAUUGGAGGGCAUUAUAAAGAAUAAGUUGAACAGGAAUCAGGUUGAUGAGGUCGAGGCUGCACCAAAGUUGGAGUCUUCUGCGUUGCUUUCCAAUGCUUUAUGUCCUGCAUAUGGAGCACAGGAAAACGUGGGACAAGGAGAGGAUGAGAGCAAGUUGUCGGCAAAGCCCCGUCUCCAGAGGGGGGGUAGCUCUGCUUCCUUGCAUAAUACCAUGAUGAGGAAUAGCAUUUUCCAUCUGAUGAUCCACACACUGGACCCCCUCAGUGAAGAAUUUGCAGACUCUGGCAAGUUCAGGGAGAAGGCAUCCAUUCUUCACCAGAUGGCGAAAAAAAAAUGCCAAGGGGAUGACGACAAAUCCAAUGGCGUCACAAGCUCUGCUGAUAAAAACCUCCCAAACAGCUCUUCUGUUGAGGUGGAGAUCACACCGCCCAUGAAUGGAAAUGCAGGACAAAAUGAAGAUGGGGGUGAUGAAGGGGAAGAUGAAGAUCAGCCACUCAGCUUAGCAUGGCCAGAUACCCUCCGCAAGCAAUUCACUUAUGUCUUUGUCUUCCCCAUUGUCUUCUCACUGUGGAUAACUCUGCCAGAUGUUAGGAAGGAUAGCUCCAAGAAGUUCUUUCCCAUCACAUUUCUUGGUUCUAUCUGCUGGAUUGCAGCCUUUUCUUACCUGAUGGUGUGGUGGGCACAUCAGGUUGGAGAGACAAUAUGGAUUACAGAGGAAAUAAUGGGACUGACCAUCCUAGCUGCUGGUACCUCUAUCCCCGACCUAAUCACGAGUGUCAUUGUGGCACGGAAAGGGCUAGGGGACAUGGCUGUGUCCAGCUCUGUGGGUUCCAACAUCUUUGACAUUACAGUGGGCCUUCCAUUCCCAUGGCUACUUUACUCCCUCAUGAACCACAUGUCUCCUGUGAUGGUGAGCAGCAAUGGCCUGUUCUGUGCCAUUGUGCUGCUCUUCCUCAUGCUACUCUUCGUCAUCAUCUCCAUCGCUGCCUGUAGGUGGAAGAUGAGCAAACUACUUGGCUUCAUCAUGUUCCUCCUCUACUUUGUGUUCCUGGUAAUCAGUGUUAUGCUGGAAGACAAGGUCAUUGUGUGCCCAGUUUCCAUCUAAAACCUGGCCAAACCUGGUGUGGACAUAUUUCAUUCUAGAUAUGGGCCAGAAAUUUGAGAACAGGGGCACCAAAGCCACACUUUCCAUGUCUUACGUGUUGUGGGGCAAUUGAGCAUGGCAAGUUCUGAGAGGACAGAGCUGUGUCAGCGUUUUGAGUUUUUUGAGCAUGGAAAGGUUAGCGAACACAAGGUCAAGUCACUCUUUGGGGGAAUCAGAUUAUUGGGAGCUAUAAGAAGACAUGGCCAUGCCAAAAUCUUCUGACCAUGAAAUGGUGUGAGAAGACAAGAAUUUAUGUCUCUGUCUUUGGCCUUGGCAAAAUCUGAGCAUGGAAAAUGCUGUGAAGAUGAGGAUGUGUCGCUAAGAGGGUCUCUAAUAGUAUGACUUCAAGCAUCUGUGAAUGCUAUUAAUCUUCAAUUUUACUCAUUCAAUAAACUGUUCUGAGAUUCAACAUGCAUGGUUCUAGUGUAACUUAGUUUCCAGGAUGGAAGAGCAAUGCUUUCAACUAGAGACCGCUGAAAAAGGCCUUUGAGGAAACUGAUGCCAUUAUUUUGUCAUUAUGGCGAAAGGCUGUAUGAUUUAAACAAAGAAGUCGUUACCAUUUCAAACAGGGUUGUGUGAUGGAGAAACGAGUUCCAGGAAUGAGCUUUGACGUUUGGCAUAUUUUCAAUUCGGCUGCUUCUUAGGCCUCAGGCUGAAUGAAUAUUGAGUAAAUCCAUAUGUUAUCAGCAUGUAUACUGGUUGUAGGAACAAAACAGAAUAAUGGCCUUCUUGCUUGUUUAUUCGUUCAUGUAUUCAGUGGCAAAUGAAAGUCGGGGCUGUUUUUAGUUGAACAAAGAAUCAGCAAUGAGAUGACUGUCCGCCAGUUAUUUAAUGUUGUGUCAGAAGUCAGUCUGGCAGGACUUUCGAUCUGCGAAAGAAAAGAAUGGUUGCUUUUUGGCUAGGAUUAGUGGCAGUAGUUCUGUUCACCUUAAGCUGUAUGUUGCCUUCAUCCAUGCAGACACUGUCAUAUUGUACAGGUUUUGCAGCAGGUUUGUGUACUGUAAUUAAUGUCAUGAGAAACAUGUAAUCUUUUCUCAAUGUUAGUUUCCAUUAAAAAGACAAACUUGUAUAAGAUGAAGUCACCUUUUCAUACAUGAAAAAUGGAUUAAAGUGCAGCAGUUGUUUUCUUGAAGGAAUUGUCUUUAACAGGUGCAUAGUUUAUUUAAAUCCUAGUACCUUAGUUUUCAAAAAUAAACCAACACUGUUGGCAGAAAACAUUGUUCAGGAGACAUAACAAAAACCACUUUUUUCAGUCAGAAAAAGACUGACCACACAAUAGCUUUUCCAUAAAUAUUGCGCGUUUGUUUUGAAACUGAAAAAACACCAAUUUUCAGAUACAUUAUUCUGCUUGUCUAUAUUUUGAUAUCAAUGAAGGAAAAAUAAUGGUUCUGUACAAUUCUAUAUAAUGUAUAUGAAAAGACUACCAAUGUUUAGAUAUUGCACUACAAUUUUUGUUUAAUACGGGUUUUGUUGUUCACGAUCUGCUAUUAACGUGAGAUGACAGCGCAAUAUUUUCGUGGUAUGCAAGUUACGCUUAGUGCAGACCUUAAGGUCAGAAAGAACUUAUAGAAACUGUAGAUGCCAUGUGAAAGAGAGCAAAAACACUUUAUAGUCAUUGGCUAUUUUUAUUUGCUGCUAUUGGUGCUUUUCUUUAUUUCCUGGUAUUUUUAUUCAGUUAAAUAAAAAUAACUGUACACUUUAAAUUUCAAAUCUUUAGAAUCUGUGUCCUUUCUGUAUUGCUUGAAUCAGCUGCGUUUCACAUAGAUGUACAGAUGUAUAUGCAACACAAGCUUUAUUCAAAUAACCUGUAAAUGAUUAGAAAAUAUAGAUCUUUUGAUAUUCUUAACACAAAAAAAUGCAUGUAUCAAACACCUUGGGCUGGACACCCAAAGAAAGCAUUAACUACAUAACUGUAAGAUUGCUCAUUUAUGCUAUUUUUUAUAUUGUAAAUAGCCAUGUAUACAUAUAAAAUGUUACAUUAAAAGGUGAAAUAUU